GGUCCAGACCCUUUCAUUCCACCCUACGAAUCCUCUUGUUAGGGUUUCGUCUAGGGAUUCCAGAUCAUUGUAAAUUUCUGCAAAUGUUCUUCCAAUUUCUUCGCAACAGAGAAUCACCGCAAUCUAUUACCUUCAAUCAUGCUUAAAUCAUCGAAAUCUGCAUUACAUAACACGCUCUUCGUGCUCAUUAUCGGUAUAUGUUUAUUUCCUUCUAUCCGAUCGGAAAACGAUGACUCCAUCAUCAUCCAGAUGCCGAUCGACAAUGAAUCUUCAGAUGAUAUUUGCGCCGGUACGACAGCUACGCAAUCGUCUUACCCUGUAAAAUGUUUUACUACGGAUCCGGUAUGCGGUAUCGACGGUGUGACCUAUUGGUGCGGCUGUGCAGAAGCGAAGCACGCAGGUGUUCGUGUAAGGAAAAGAGGAUUUUGUGACGUGGGAAAUGGAGGUAAUGGUUCUCUUUCUGGACAGGCUUUCUUGUUGUUGCAUAUUGUUUGGUUAAUUGUUCUUGGAUUCUCUGUUCUCUUUGGUCUGCUUUAAUGGAGUUCUUUACUAAUAAGUAACCAAUUUGAGUUAUAUGUUCUUCAGAUUGUAUUGUUCUUUAUACAUAUUUGAUCUUUUUACUUAUAGUUCAUUGUACGGAUACAUGUUAUUAUCAAUGAACUUUGAUUCUUUCUUGUA